CUCUCCCUCCCAAACUUUGAUGAUGACCAUGACUACGAUGGCUGACGGGCUGGACGCGCAAGACUCCUCCAAAUCCGCCUUCAUGGAGUUCGGGCAGCAGCAGCCGCCGCCGCCGCAGCCGCCGCCGCCGCCCCACUCCCAGCAGAGCUCGCCGGCCAUGGCCGGCGCCCACUACCCGCUGCACUGCCUGCACUCCGCCGCCGGCUCGCACCCGCACCACCAGCAUCACCACCACAGCUCGCCCUACUCCGGCAGCGCCGGCUCCUACAACCACCGCUCGCUGGCCGCCUACCCCUACGUGAGCCACUCGCAGCACAGCCCUUACCUCCAGUCCUACCACAACAGCAGCGCGGCCAGCCAGACGCGGGCGGACGAUGCAGGUGAGCCUGCAGAUCAGCAAAAAACCACAGUGAUUGAAAACGGUGAAAUCAGAUUCAAUGGAAAAGGGAAAAAGAUUCGGAAGCCUCGAACCAUUUACUCUAGUCUACAACUCCAGGCAUUAAACCAUCGCUUUCAGCAGACUCAGUACCUGGCACUUCCAGAGAGAGCUGAACUGGCAGCUUCAUUAGGACUUACCCAGACACAGGUGAAGAUCUGGUUUCAGAAUAAGCGCUCCAAAUUCAAGAAGCUGCUGAAGCAGGGCAGCAACCCCCACGAGAGCGACCCUCUGCCUGGCUCCGCUGCCCUCUCCCCUCGCUCUCCGGCUCUGCCUCCAGUCUGGGACGUUUCAGCUUCUGCCAAGGGAGUCAAUAUGCCUCCCAACAGCUACAUGCCUGGCUAUUCUCACUGGUAUUCUUCUCCACAUCAAGACACAAUGCAGAGACCACAAAUGAUGUGAAUUGUCCAAGAGAAAUAAUCUCCCAAGAACGCCUCAUCUCGACAUGGCAAGAAGUUCCCCUGCUUUGCCAAGCCGUGCCAGCUAACAGGCUCUGUGUGAACUUGUAGAUGCGGCAAAGAGACAGAGUGGCUUUAUUUUAUUUUAUUUUUUUUUAAAGUAACCUCAGCGAUUGAUCUUGAACAGAAAGACACAAUUUUCAUUCUGGCGCACAGAAGACACUUCUCUUUAGGAUAUUUUCCUUUGGACUCCAAGGCACCAGCCUCUUUCUCUGUGGAGUAUACGUCAAAACAAACUUUUUACAGACUUUGCCCACAAGAAGAACCUGAAUCUACCAUGGCAGCCGUUUUUACUUGUUUAAUGAGCUAAAGACAGUACAUGAUGAAAGAGAGACUAGUCAAAGCUCCUUCAUUUUUAUUCACCAAAUCCGGACUGGGGGAAAAAAAAAAAAAGCGAGAAGAAGGGAAUUAAAGAAAACAUUGAAGAGGGGAAAAAAGGAGAACUGGUUGAAAAAUGAAAAUAUACUGUAAGAUUAGAACAUUACCACGAAGCAAAACCUGCAUGCUUUCUCAAAAUGCAAUGGGC